AUAUAAGUUGUGGGCAGUCUUCUCCUCUCUCUCUGAGUCCUCUAACGCAACUCACCAUCGCUAACUCGUUUGCCUUCGUCCCUUCGUCUUUCUUUUCUGAACACUCGCUGUUCAAUUUCGUUCUUUUGGCUGUGCCGUCAACCUAGUUCCAUUCCUCGAUAGAAGUCGACAUCCGGUCCUUGGACACCUGAAUCUUUGCUUCAUCCAUUCAUUUAUUUCAACAGCAUCACCAAUUCCACCAUGCAUUCCGCACUUAUUUCCGUCCUGGCCAUGGCCAUGGCCACCUGCGUCUCCGGCCACGCCACCAUGCACGGAGUCUGGGUCAACGGCAAGGAUCAGGGCGAUGGCCGGAGCGUCUACAUCCGGAGCCCGCCGAACAACAGCCCCGUCAAGGAUCUGGCCAGCCCCGACCUGGUGUGCAACGUCAACGGGGCCAAGGCCGUCUCUGGUUUUGUCAAGGCUGCUGCUGGUGACACCCUCAGCUUCGAGUGGUUCCACGACAACCGCAACGACGACAUCAUCGACGGCUCCCACAAGGGUCCUGUCAUCACCUGGAUCGCCAAGUACACCGAGGGGGCCGGAACCGGCGCCAUCUGGUCCAAGAUUGCCGAGGACGGCUUCGACGGGUCGGAGUGGGCCGUCGAUAAGCUCAUCCGGAACCAGGGCAAGCAGGACUUCACCCUGCCUUCGUCCCUAGCCGCCGGCAAAUACCUGAUCCGCCAGGAGAUCAUCGCCCUCCACGAGUCCGAUGCCGCCUUCAACCAGAACCCUGCCCGCGGCGCGCAGUUCUACCCCUCGUGCGUCCAGGUCGAGGUCACCGGCUCCGGCAGCGUCGUUCCCAACCAGAAGUUCGACUUCAACGUCGACUACACGUACGCCGACCCCGGAAUCCUAUUCAACCUGUACACCUCGUUCACCAGCUACCCCAUCCCCGGCCCUGAGGUCUUCUCCGGCUCCGGCAGCUCCCCAGACACUUCCUCUUCUACUUCUUCGCCAUCUGCCACGGCUACCCAGUCCAGUGCCCAAGCCUCUCUCCCCACCACCACUCUCGCCACCGUGGUGACCUCCGCCUCCGCUGUUCCCGCCACGACUGAGGGCAGCACCGCCCCCGUCUCCACCGCCUCCCCUCCAUCCUCUUGCUCGUCCUCCCGCCGCCGGCGCAGGAGAGCCAACAAGAACGCCAAGCGGAGCAUCAGGAAGGAUGCCCUGUAA